AUGUUGACCAAAAGGCGCAUGAAGUUCCAGUACAUCUCCUGUCUCGCUUGGCUCGCCCACUACGAUAUCUUCCACCUUGUACCCCGUGAUAAGAACAUCAGCUAUGCAGAUCUUGCCCGGGCGGCUGGCGUUCCUGAACAGCGCCUGAAGAGCAUCCUCCGCAUGGCCAUGACUUCGUCGCUCUUUCGAGAGCAUCCAAACGGCACCGACGUUGGUCACUCCGCGGUCUCGGCGCUUCUAGCCAGUGAUGACGAUGCCUAUUCUUACGCAACCUACAUGUGUUCGAAAACCGCCCCGAUGGCGAUGAGCAUGACCGAGGCACACAAGCGAUGGGGCGCGAGUACGCGGACCAACGAAACAGCCUACAACGUCGCGUUCAACACGGACCUGCCGUUUUUCGACUAUCUGGCGCAGAAUAAGGCCCGGAUGGAUGAGUUUGCUCGGUAUAUGCGGAGUGUCCGAAGCAGCGAGACUGUCGCACUCAAGCAUCUCAUCUCCGGCGUUGAUUGGGAGAGUAUUCCUGCUGGGGGUAUGCUCGUCGAUGUUGGGGGUUCGACCGGUGGAGCCGCGAUAGCACUAGCCCAGGCCUAUCCACAUAUCAGAUUCACCGUCCAGGACCUGCCUGAGAACGUGGAAACUGGGGAGAAGGCAGCGGCGGCAUCAUUACCAGCCGACAUCGCCUCUCGUCUGACCUUCCAGGCCCAUGAUUUUACCUUGCCGCAGCCAGUGCGAGCGGCGGAUGCAUAUCUGCUCAGAAUGAUCCUGCACGAUUGGCCGGACGAGCAAGCCGUGAAAAUCCUUCGCAACAUUGUCACGGCGAUGGACGAGACAAAGUCCCGUUUGUUCAUCAUGGACACAGUCCUCCCGAAACCGGGGUCUGUGCCGAUUUCGGUGGAGCGCAUUGCCCGCGCCAGGGAUCUGACGAUGAUCCAGUCAUUCAACAGCAAGGAGAGGGAGUUGGAUGAAUGGAAAGACCUAAUCACCGCCGCCGAUCCCCGGUUGCAGCUGAUCGGUGUUACCCAGCCUUUUGGGAGUGCCAUGUCGAUUCUGGAGAUCCAACUCUCUGCGAAGUGA